AUGCCUUAUGGUCGUUCUUUAUGGGUCAUUGGAAACGUCUCUGUGCACAUGAGUCAUCAGAAAGCCUUCACGGCAGUCCCUUGUGGGUCAUCAGAUUUGUUUUCUAAUGGAUGUGCCACGUACUAUGAUAUGAUAUAUGUAUAUUUAUACGAGCUUGAAUACGAAUAUGACUACGUAUAUGAUUUUGUUCCUGUUUUGACAUCUGAUCACAUUAUGGUGAGAACUAGAGCAGAAGAUCCGGAGGAUGCUACUUCUGCAAGGUUGGACAGGAUGGAAAGAAUGAUUAUGGAAAUGGUGACCGAAUUUGAGACUCUUCGACAAGGGAACAAGACCGUUGUUGAGUAUGAAGCUCAAUUUGCAGAACUAGCACGAUUUGCCCUUCACAUGGUAGACACCGAUUACAAGAAGGCUCGCAAAUUUGAAGGGGCAUUACGGAGUGCUAUACUGGAUAAGGUUAACAUGCUAAAGUUACCCACUUAUGUUGAUGUGUUGGAGAGGGCUGUUAUAGCAGAAGGAAACCUCGCGACUCAAAACCGAAUUUCUGAAUGGAAAGGGAAGAGGCAAAAUACUCAAUGGUCAAAGGGAACAAUUACUCUGCCAACUAAGAAGCAAAAUUCAGGGAUCUCCAGCACAACCACUCCUACUCAAGAGUCAGCCCCUGUAUGUCCAGAAUGUGGUUGGAGGCAUCGUGGGGUUUGUCACCGACUGUCUGGCGCAUGUUUCCGAUGUGGUAAAAUGGGUCAUCUGAUAAGGGAUUGUCCUCAAGGCAAGCAACAAAAUAAUAACAAAGCUGUUACAAGUUCAGUAGGGUCUGCACCCAAUUCCAAUACCAAGUUAGCUACAAAACCUGCUAACAACAAAGACACUACGAGGCAAGGUAGAGUAUUUGCACUAGUUCCCGGAGAUGUGCAAAAUGCUGCGGCAGUGGUGUCAGGUACAUUUAUGGUUCAUGGUUAUUCUGCUCAUGUAUAUGCCAACCUGUUACCUCUUGACUUGACCUAUUUUGAUGUUAUCCUGGGCAUGGACUGGUUGAGUGAAAAUGGUGCAACCAUAGACUGUCUGAACAAGCAAAUUAGUUUCCACUCUCCAGGACAACUAGAAUCGAUUUUUCAGGGACAGGAAGUGACUUCACCACCAUAUUUGAUUUUUGCAGCAAAGGCAUGUAAACUAAUUCAAAAAGGGUGUCAGGGGUUUUUAUGCAGUGUUUUGGAAGGGCAAGUGAUGAAUGGAAGUACUGAUCUGAUUCCAGUCAUUUGUGAAUUUCCGGAUGUUUUUCCAGAAGAAUUGCCGGGGCAGUUAAUAGACCGUGAGAUUGAGUUUACAAUUGAAGUGGUGCCGGGAACUCAACCUAUUUCUAAGACUCCGUAUAGGAUGUCACCAGUUGAAAUGAAAGAAUUAAAGAUUCAGUUACAAGAUUUGCUUGAUAGGAGAUUUAUCCGUUCGAGUGUGUCUCCUUGGGGUGCACCAGUUCUGUUUGUAAAGAAAAAAGACGGAACACUCCGAUUAUGUAUCGACUACAGGGAACUUAACAAGGUAACAAUCAAGAAUAAGUACCCACUGCCACGGAUCGAUGAUCUGUUUGACCAGCUCCAAGGGGCACAAGUCUUCUCAAAAAUUGAUUUACGAUCUGGAUACCACCAACUGAAAGUUAAAGCUGACGAUUGUCGAAGCUCACGAGAACCAUCUUCGCAUGAUCCUUCAAACACUUCGAGAAAAGAAGUUGUAUGCAAAGUUGAAGAAAUGUGA